AUGUCUGAAGUUAAUAAUUUUAAAGAAUGUGAAGGAGUCGAAUCAAUAUUUUUCAAAAACGUGCAAAUAGAACGGCAAAUUUCAGCAAGUCAAUCCAAUUCCAACCUGAGGCAAAUACGUAGGAUUAACAGGUGCAAUUGCUGUCUUGGAAGACUUAAUGCAAUACGAGCAGACUCUGCCAAACCAUUAAUUAUACUUAGGAUUAUUACCCUGAUCAGUGAACUCUACGAAAGCAAAACGAAGAACAGAUCUCGGGUCUCCACAUACACGGCAGUCCACAACCUUUCCGAGAUAACUUGCCUUCUGAUCGAUGUCAGAAACAUAAACAGUCCUUCGAAUUUUUUCUUCACGUUGAGCCAUGGUAGUCCUGCUGUUCGUCCACUUCUUGGCCUUAUGAACGAAAUAAAAUAA